UAAAUUAAAAACAAAACACAGCGCCCUCGCCCCGCCGAAAUCUACGUAUCAGUUACAGCUCUUUUUUCCCCGAUAUUUAAAAAUUACGUAUUUCUUUGUGGACCGUUAACGUCGGCGUCCAAUCGGGAGACGGAUUGACGUCAUAGCGCUCGCGAGCAGCAGGACCAAACAAGCAACAUCCCAGAGCGCGAGCCCUGCAUCUCAGCCUCGUAACGGUAAGACGAAUUAACGGCAAAUACGCUGCCACGCGACCGUUUCUAGCGUAAUAUACCAACAGACGCGGUUUUCAGGAUAAUAAAGGGCUAACGCCGUUCACAGACCGCGCAGCAGUGAUAGAAGAUAAGAUGGCCACCUCCUCCUCCAAUCUGGAAGAAGACGAAAGUCUGAAAGGCUGCGAGGUUUUCGUGCAGAAACACAACAUCCAGCAGAUCCUCAAAGAGUGCAUCGUCAACCUGUGCAUCGCCAAGCCCGAGCGGCCUAUGAAGUUCCUGCGGGAACACUUCGAGAAGCUGGAGAAGGAAGAAUGCAAGCAGAUCAUGGCCCGUCAGAAGUCCAAUUCGCAGUCGGACUCUCACGAUGAUGAAGUGUCUCCUCCUCCUCCGAACCCGGUGGUGAAGGCCCGACGCCGGAGAGGUGGGGUCAGCGCCGAGGUCUACACGGAGGAGGAUGCCGUCAGCUACGUCAGAAAGGUCAUUCCAAAGGACUACAAGACAAUGACCGCCCUGGCCAAAGCCAUCUCUAAGAACGUGCUGUUUGCCCACCUGGAUGACAAUGAGAGAAGUGACAUAUUUGACGCCAUGUUUCCGGUCACACACAUCGCCGGGGAGACAGUAAUCCAGCAAGGUGACGAAGGGGACAACUUUUAUGUGAUCGAUCAAGGAGAAGUUGACGUGUAUGUAAACGGUGAAUGGGUGACUAGUAUCGGAGAGGGGGGUAGUUUUGGAGAGUUAGCUCUGAUAUACGGGACCCCUCGAGCUGCUACUGUGAAAGCCAAGACUGACCUGAAACUGUGGGGUAUAGACAGAGACAGCUACCGCCGCAUCCUCAUGGGAAGCACGUUGAGGAAGAGGAAGAUGUAUGAAGAGUUCCUCAGCAAGGUGUCUAUACUUGAGUCUCUUGAUAAGUGGGAGAGGUUGACUGUGGCCGAUGCCCUGGAGCCUGUGCAGUUUGAAGAUGGAGAGAAGAUCGUGGUGCAAGGAGAACCUGGAGAUGAUUUCUUUAUCAUUACAGAGGGCACGGCAUCUGUUCUGCAGCGCAGGUCUGAUAAUGAGGAAUAUGUUGAAGUGGGACGCCUGGGACCAUCCGACUACUUUGGUGAGAUAGCGCUGCUGCUGAACAGACCCCGUGCAGCCACAGUCGUGGCCAGAGGUCCGCUCAAGUGCGUGAAGCUGGACCGGCCACGUUUCGAGCGCGUCCUCGGGCCCUGCUCCGAGAUCCUCAAGAGGAACAUUCAGAGAUAUAACAGCUUCAUUUCCCUCACAGUCUAACCCGACCUUUACGUGCGUCCAGACCUCCGUCAGGUUUCUUGGGUGCCUGGUUGCAUAAAAUAAUAUGAGGCACUUCAUCGGUUUUCUUAAAUCGCUAGCUUAACUCUCGUUGAGUUGCUCUGAACAGGGCUAACGGUAAAUAAUAAUUAAAAAAAAUGAUUUAUUUUAUGCAGCCAAGCAUUCAAAGUUUGUACUUUUUUUUUUUUUUUUUUUGCGAGAAGCACAAAUGCUCCACUUUUUUUUUUCUCCUUUGCGUGAUUUUCUCAUGUGCACUUUGACCUACGCUGUCACGAAGCUUUAUUUCUGCAGAUUAAGAGAGGAAAUGAGGUGCCCGGAUGGACUGAUAUGAAACAUCUUCGCGUGGCGUGUGUAAAUGUCAUAUAGUACGUGAUGCAUGCAGACCAGAGAUGCAUUUUGUACACUUGCCAUUCAGCGUUUGAACAGGAAGGUAAUAUCACAGAUGGCACAAGCAUACGAACAUGUUUACAUAGAGGAAAGAGUUUUUUUUUUAACCCUUCGCCUUUUAGCUGUGUGUUUAGCGUGCUGCGUUUAACCCCGCGUGGGUCUCGUUUAAGAGCUCCGACCCCCUCUGAUGCGAAAAUCUUGUUUACCUGAAAAACGUUUUUUGCUGUUCUGUAGUGAUAUUUUCUUCUUGGCUGUUCCAUUCGAGUCGUGCUUCUGCGGCUGGGAUUGAUGGGAAGGGGUUUGUUACGUUUCAAGACACGAGUUUUAAUAUGGGACAGCUAAAAAAAAAAGGGGGUUUCCGUGGGAGUCUCGCUGAAGUCUUAACGUGUCGCAAGAGUCGAAUCUGUAUGCUGUUGCUUUUCUUUUAUUCUUUACAAUGCAAUCGUAUUACACACAACUCCACAUCCACACGCAUCCUGAGGCCACGACAUGUUUGGGUGAAUCUCACGAAACCUGUCAAGAACAUUUCCAGGUCGGAUUUCACCCUGAUCCCCCCACAAACACACACACACACACACACACACAUAUCAUAGACUUCAUAUACAUGUGCAGUAUAUACUGUAUGAAGCCUAUUUUUUUUUGUACUACCUUUAGUUUCUGCUAAUUUAGAUACACAAAAAGCAACAGCAUUUUUACUGUGAUUCAGUAAAUAAAACAGUACUUAAUUGGGAAUAAUGAUCGUCGUGGGAAAUAAUUGGGUAAUAUAUUUUUUUGGUGUAGAGUGUUGAGAAUGUUGUGGAGAAAUGCUGUUGUAAUACAAAGUAAUGCAUAAAAUGCCCCAAAAAUGUCCUGAAGAAAUAUUUUACAGUUCAUCAGUUAAUAAAGAACUUAAGAAUAUGCUACAAAAUUAAUCGGAAAUGUUCCGAUAUUAUAAAAAUGACAUAUUUUUGUAGCACAGCAUGAGAACACGGGGGAGGGAAACGUAUGCAGUCAUCAUGAAAAUAAUGCAAACAUGAAGCCAAAAUAAUCUUAAAAAUUUAUUUAUGUGUGAUUUUUUUGGGGGUUGUGCGAUUCACCAGUUUACUGUGAACUAAUGGAUAUGUUCCAAAAUUAAUAAAAAAAAAUUUGUUCUUGAUACCUGCCUGCAACAGCAUUUUGGCCUGUAGGUUUUGAGGCAGCCGUUGUUCGAUCGUCUUUUCUUGAGGACAGUGUUGUUUUUUUCCGGGUUCAGUUCGUGUAGAUGAUUUAAUAAGUUGGAGGUCAUUCGAGUGAAUUUGGAAAGGAGCGAUUGUGCAUGCUUUGUAUCUUGGUUUUUACAAAAUAAAAUACGUGCCCACACACACACACACACACACAAUGACUUACACACACAUUCUGUGAUUCAAUUCUUUAGGCCAAUAAAGAAAAGCUUCUGAACACCA